UAUUGUAGCUCUGCUAAAUACAGGCUGGCCGAUCUCCGAGAAGUGUCAAUGGAUUCUCCUUGCUGAUGUGUGAAACUGUGAACCUGAGAGUAGAACAUCUCUCUACAAAAGCCAGUGAUAACUUUUUAAGAGAUGAGGAGUAUGAAUGGAAGGGACCUUUCUACUUCAUCCAAGGAGCAGAUCCUCAGUUUGGGCUGAUGAAAGCUUGGGCCAUUGGAGACUGUGGCAAUGGAGGCGAUGAGUGGGGAGAAGAGAUCAAGUUAACGGAGCAAGCAGUGCAAGCUGUCAACAAGCUGACCCCAAAGCCCAAGUUCUUUGUGUUGUGCGGAGAUCUCAUCCAUGGAAUGCCAGGAACCCAGUGGAGAAAGGACCAAGAACAAGAUUUGAAGAAAGUUCUGCAGAACACAGACCAGGACAUCCCACUCGUGUUUGUCAGCGGCAAUCAUGACAUUGGCAAUACUCCAACCAGAGAAACAAUAGACGAUUAUUGCAAGAACUGGGGAGAUGAUUAUUUCAGCUUUUGGGUCGGAGGUGUUUUGUUUCUUGUGCUAAAUUCCCAGUUGUAUUUUGAUUCUUCUAAAUGCCCCGACUUACGGCAAGCCCAAGACAUGUGGCUUAAUGGACAGCUGGCUGCAGCACAAGAGCGUAAGUGCAAGCACGUGAUAGUGUUCCAGCACAUCCCUCUGUUUCUGCGGACGCCAGAGGAGGAAGAUGACUACUUCAACUUGGAAAAAUCAGUUCGCCAAGAGAUCCUGGUGAAGUUUCACAAAGCAGGUGUUAAGGCAGUGUUUUCUGGACAUUACCAUAGGAAUGCUGGGGGUUCCUACAGAGGACUGGAAAUGGUGGUUUCAUCAGCAAUAGGAUGUCAGCUGGGAGAAGAUGAACACGGGCUCCGCGUGGUUGUUGUCACAGCUGAAAAGAUUGUUCAUAGAUAUUACAGUUUAAAUGAACUGAGCAGCCAAGGAAUAGAUAAAGAUCUUGUGGAUAUGCUUGCCAAGAAAAAUUAGGCUGCCUCAAAUGCCUUUUAACUCAAGAGGCUCAUGGGUGUUUUUUCUAGAUUAAAUAGAAAGUUUCAGAAGUUUCCACAAGCUGAAGACACAUUUCUCAUUGUGCACCAUGUCCCAACACAACUCUCUAUUUGUUUAAAUCCUACAUAACAAAACAAGGAAGGUGUUGAAGUAUUUCUCAUUUAGAAAAUGAAACCUCUACAUGGUACAUGCGAGAAUAACAGAACAAGUAUGGUAAUACAUUUUUGAAAAGGCUUAAGAUUUUCUACUCUAUUCCUGAACUUUCUUAUCUGAAGAAGUAUAGCCAAGAAUAAGAGGAAUUGCUUCCAGGUAACCCUGCAAAUUAGAGUCUAUUUUAAUUUGAUAUUUAAGACAGUUUAAAAUCUGUAAACUUAAUCACUUCUAUUACACCCCAGACAAUAAAAAUGUGUCAUGUUUUUACUCCAGAAGGACAAAUCUAAAACUCAGUGAAAUCAACACGACUCUUUUAACAGCUUGGCUCAGACCUUGUUGCCUACAGUGGUCAUAUUUUCUCCCAUUUUCCAUAGUCAUUUAAGUUCUUCAGAGCCAGCAGCAAUAAGAGAGCAAACACAUUCCACUUGUGCAAAGUUACAGCUUGUGGUUUCAUUAUAACUUGAUUUUAUAUUAUGAAACAUCGAUAAAUGACACUAACACAGGUGCCACCGAGAGAAAUUAAACACGAAACGAUUAUUUUCCUUUUUAAAUGUAGCUACCAUUCAAUUAGCAUGUAUUAUUGCUCUGUUUCAAAAGCUGGAAUACCUGUACACCAAAAAUACUCUCUGCAGAAUACUGUCAGCAUAAGUCACUGUUGAUUCCUAGGCAAGUGUUAAGCAUUCAUUUUCAAAUGCAAUUUACGGGCGCCUUGUUGUAGUCCUGUGGCCACUGAGCGUUAACAACCUGUAAAGGUUCACUGUCUUCACUGGAGUAAGUCUGAAAAUACAAAUGAUCUAACAAGAAAAGUUCCAUUCUACGCUCAUGUGCUGCAAGCUGUCUGAUUCUGUA